UACACGUACCCGUUGGUGAGCUGUCGAAUUUAUACCUGGAGCAGGAUGGCCGAACUGGAGAACAUUUUAAAAGAUUUCGGGGAGGAAAUAAUCAAGAUAUUGAUAGAAUAAUGGAGUUGCAGUGUUUCAAAUGCUCCAAAAUGGUCAGGGUGAAUGGUGUUGGGGACUUCGCCCGUCAUUUACGUUCAAGCCAUAUUAUCAAAAAUGGCGAGAAACUAAUAUGUGCACAAGAUGGAUGUAUGAGGACUUUCUGCUUGAUGAAUUCUCUGUUACGCCACAUCCGUCGUCACCAUACUGCCAAUGCUGUGGAGCAUGCUCCUGCUGAACAUGAUGCUGAGAAUCAAGAAUACAGAUUUGAUGAUGAUGAUGAUGAUAACAAUGACCAUGAAAAUCAGGUUCAUGAUGGUGAAGAGGAUAACUUUGAAGAUGCACGACAAGCUGAAGUGGAAUACAUGGGAAAUUUCGGUUUAAAUGAUUUAAAACGAAUAGCUGCUUCCAUGAUAAUGAAGUUGAAAUCAUUGUCUUCGGUUCCAUAUUCAGCAGUACAUGCUGCCAUAGCUUGUACAAAGACCAUGUUUCGUGACACUAUUUCUUCUCUAAGAUACCGCACACUUUCUGUAAUGCAGAACCACAGGCUUGACAUGAAUGCUGAAGAUAUUGCAGAACUUACUUCUCUUUUUGAGUCUUGCGAAAAUCCGUUUGUUGGCAUUGAAACGCCAAAACAACAGAUGGACUAUAUGAUCAACAAUAUGAAGCUAGUUCCUCCAGUUGAAAGGGCUAUUGGUGUGCGAUAUGACCAAAGGAUGGAUAGACAACUUGGCCAGGAAGUUCAAAAACCUGUGACUGAAACAUUCCAGUAUGUGCCAGUGUUAGAUGUCCUUAAACUGGUUUUGAAUCCAAAAGUGAGGAAGUUAGUAGAAAGUGAAGAGCUUGUUUUACCAGGAUAUCUGAAAGGUUACAAGGAUGGGAUGCAAUAUCAGCAACAUGAAAUCUUCAAAAAUCACCCACAUGCAUUACGCUUUCAGCUCUAUUAUGACGUAGAAGUUACGAAUCCUUUGGGAAGUAAGACAGGCAUACAUAAGCUCGGUUUGUUCUAUUAUACCAUUCAAAAUCUUCCACGGCAUUUGAACUCCUCCAUGAAGAGUGUGUUCUUACUUGCUGCUUGUUACACUAAUGAUCUGAAGAAAUAUGGAUUUAAGAAAAUUUUGGAUACGUUUAUUGAUGACAUGAAGAAACUGGAAAGUGCAGCUGGUGUACAGUUGACCAUAGAUGACCGAGAGAUAAAUGUCCAUGGUACCCUGGUGUCAUUCAGUGGGGAUACAUUAGCUGCACAUGAUGUGCUUGGCUUCUUAAGCCCUUCAGCCAACAGAUUGUGUAGACUAUGUAAAGGUUCGAGGAGUGACAUCCAAAACUACUUUACAGAGAAAGACUUUGAGAUGAGAACAGUUGAAGACCAUGACGAAAGCGUUCAUGUUGCCUUGCAGAGACCACGUGGUGAUUCUAAUACAGGUAUUCGCAAUGAAUGUCCAUUGAAUGUUUUGCAAAACUUCCAUUGUGUAAAUAACUAUAACAUUGACAUAAUGCAUGACUUAGAAGAAGGCGUGUGCCCGUAUGAGGUCAAGUUGUUGCUGCACAGAUUUAUUAUGAUAGAUAAAUUCUUUACUGCAGAGGAGUUCAAUCAGCGUUUAAAUUCUUUCCAGUAUGCUUCUAGUGAUAGGAAAAACAAGCCGUCAACUGUUCAUUCUGACAAAAUCAAGAAUCUCGGAGAUCACAAGCUUGGUCAGAAAGCUGCACAAAUGUGGUGCUUCAUUCGCAUGUUGCCCCUGUUAAUAGGAGAUAGAAUUCCUCUUGGUAAUGCUCAUUACGAACUGCUACUCCUGCUCCUGAGGUGCUUGGAUAUCAUAUAUGCCCCAGUCAUAGCAAUUGCUCACAGUGUCUAUUUGGACCAUUUAAUUCAAGCUCAUCAUUCACAUUUUAAGGCAAUGUUUCCCACCCAACAUUUCAUCAAUAAGCAUCACCACAUGAUUCAUUAUGGAACUUGUAUCAGGAUGUGCGGCCCACUUAUCCAUAUGCAGUGUUUGAGAUAUGAAUUGAACCACACACUUGCCAAGCGUUUAGCAGCUGUUAACUGUAAUUUCAAAAACAUUUCGAAAAGCGUUGCCACUAAGUAUCAGGUACUUCAAAGUGCAUUGUGGUCAGAGGAAGGUGGACCUUGGAUAGAAUUUGAAUGUUUUGGUGGCUACACGACUCCAGUAGCAAAUUUAGAUGGAAAUGAAACUCUGUAUCAAGUACUCGGACUUGCUGAUGAUGCUGAGGUUUUUGUUGCCACUCAUGUGACCAUUUUUGGAACAGAGUAUAAGCCUCAACUGUAUCUACCAAUUGGUUGGCGAAAUGGUAUGCCAGAAUUUGGAAAGAUUACUAGUAUUUUGACUUUUGGAAGUUCUUCAAAUAGUGUGAAGUUUGUAGUUAAAAAGUACAGAAACAUUGGUUUUUCCCCACAUUACCACGCCUAUGAAAUUGAAGACAUUGAAGGAGGGGGCUACGUUAUUUCAACAGUGAAUGACCUUCUACACCACCACACUCCACUCUCUGGUUUGUCAUCUUAUGAGGCCGAUUCACCCAUAUAUUUGUGUCCUCGACAUUCUCUGGUACAACUGUAACUGUCGUAACAAGCCUUCAGAUAAUGACAUUGAUAAAAGCAUUCUGCUGACAAUGAAUGAAUCAGAGCUUGCAGAAAUAGGAGUGAAGUCAUUUGGUGUGAGAAGGAGACUGAAGAUGAAGAUUGAUGAACUUAAGGAAUCAUGCGCCACUACUAGUAAUAACAGUGUUACAGACACAGGGCCAGCAGAUACUCAAGAAUGGGAAGCAGAACCCAAUCCAGUUGCUAAAGUACAGUCAAAGAAAGGUCUCAGGCAUACGUUGCUGAAAGAUAAGGAUGGGAAAGAAUUGGUGGAGUAUCUGGACCAAGGAGGUCCUCUAACAAAUCCCCAAAGACGUUUGUUGGUCAGGUUGGCCGUAGCAUAUCUAGUGGAAAAGUUGGACGGAGAUUUGUGGCCCAAGUCUAAUGAAAAAGAAGCUCUAGCUAAGGAAAUCAUCACAACAUGGGGUCAGUUAAAGGAUGACAGACCUGGACUGAAAGGA